AUGUGCAAGUUCUUCCUGCAGGGAAAUUGCCAGUUCGGCGCGCAUUGCCGCAACGCGCACAGCCAGGAGGAGAUCAACGCGGCGCUGGCGGCGGAGGCGGCGAGCUACGCGGGGUAUGGAGGCGUGCAGGGGUAUGGAGGCUAUGGACAGGCGAUGGGGUACGACGCGAUGUACGAUUAUUGGCAGUACGGGGGAAAUGGAGGCUCGGCGUAUGCGGGAUAUGGACAGCCCGCGGGGUACGAGCAGUAUUACCAGCAGCCGCAGGCACCGCAGGGCGGAAUGCAGGGCGGAAUGCCGAACCCGAUGCAGCAGGGAAUGGGCAGCGCGAUGCCGAACAUGAUAAACAAUCCGAUGGGCAACCCGAUGGCCAAUCCGAUGAGUAAUCCGAUGAGUAAUCCGAUGGGCAAUCCGAUGAGUAAUCCGAUGAGUAAUCCGAUGGCCAGCAUGAUGCCUGGCUCCAUGCCUGGCUCCAUGCAGCCGCCUAUGAUGGGGUCGAUGCAGGGCGGAAUGCAGACAGCCUUGCAACCUGGAAUGGAUGCCGGAAUGGCGAUGGGGAUGGGGAUGGGGAUGGACGGGUCGCUCAUGGGAGAACAGAGCGGAGGAAUGGAUCCGUAUGGUGCGGCGCAGAACUAUGGACAGUACGAAUCGAUCAAUAAAGAAGAGAAGGCGGAGAAGGCAGAAGAAAAGAAGAAAGAAGAAGAAGAGGAAGAAGAAGAAGAGAAAGAAGAUAUCAAGGAUGAAUUCAUGGCACUUUUAAUGGAACUUCAGUUAUAA